AUGGAAACUGAAUCGUCAGCUGGAGGAGGAUCGAGCGCGGCUUCGGAACUUGGAGACUACCGAUUCGUGUAUAUGUCGAGGUGGUCUACAGAAGACUCGACAGAGCUCGUGGAGUGCAAACACCGACUCUUGGGUCAUCUUGAUGUUAUCCGGCGGAACCAGUACUUUCUGGAGCAGACGAUAACAUCAAGCGAGAAACAAGCCAUCGACAGAGAGAAAGUGCCCACGUCGUUGUGGAAUUUGUCGAUGACCACAAACUUGAUCCUUGCUGUCAAAGAAGUUACGGCGAUGUUUUCCUCGUCCAUGAUUCGGUUUGACCUCUCGGAGAGAGCCUACAUUCAUACCAUGGAUGCUGUCCAAGAGUACUUGCGGGAACCAUUUCUCACGUCAGGGCAAUACAAGAAUGUCCUACAAGUAUUGGAGUGCUCGUGGACACAGCUUCUUCUCCCGGCCCUUUCAACCUCUGCAGAACCCUAUGCAGAGACAUCGAUACCACCCUCCAGCUCCCUCCCCAUUGCUCGAUUUGGUGUUGCUGCCCAGCAUCAGAUCCUUCAAAAGCAACAGCACCGUGGCAGCAGUGGAGAAGCACACCAAUCCCGCUGCCUUGGAGGCCUACUCCGUAUCCUGUUGCGUGCUCUGACGCAGACUCUCGAUGCGAUUCUACGGUCGAACACAUCACCGCAACAGCAAGUAGAACAACAACAGCGUCAGAACCAGCCUAGCGGAGUUGGCGGCGAUGGUGGCGCAUAUCGUUUUGCGAGAAAGACCCGACUGACUGGAAAGACUCAGGCUGCAGAACGAGUGGAGCAAAUACGGAAAUCCCUUGCGAGUAGACAGGUUACGGAGCAACGGCAACAGCAGCAGGAAGAGAGGUGUGGGCAGAUGGUGGAGAUUGCAUGUGGGCUUUUGAUUGCAUAUCGACAGUCGUCUUUGAUUAUGGCCGAGCGUCUUGAGCGGAGGCGAGAACAAUGUCCAAGUGGCAGCAGCGAUAGUGGAGCCAUGAAUGAGCUUCAGGACAGUGCCGACAGUGACAGCAGCAGUCUACGCUUCAGUAGUGCUGAUAUGACUGCAAUCGCCUGA